AUGAAAUGGGUUUUGAUAUCUGUCUCUCUCUCUUCCUCCACCCCUCCCUCCAUCCCUCCUCCCCCGCUCUCUCCCCCACCAGGUAUAGCAUCGUACCAGUGUGUGUUGUCCCCGGUAACCUGGAGCUCCAGAGGGCCUGACCUCAGUAACUGUACUUCCCCCUGGGUCAGUCAGAUAGCACAGAAGAUAAAGAGUGGGGAGAAUGCAGCUAACAUCGCUGGUGAGUUAGUAAACUUGACGAAGGGGCGGGUCUACGCCGGUGAUGUCAGCAUGUCAGUCAAACUUCUAGAGCAGCUAUUGGACAUCCUGGAUUCUCAGCUUCAGGCCCUACGACCAGCCAACAAGGAGUCUGCUGCACGCAACUACAACAAGUUGCAGAAGAGGGAACGCACCUGUAGAGCUUAUGUCCAGGCGGUGGUUCAGGUAGUUGAUAACCUGCUGGGCCCUGAAGCUCUAGUCUCCUGGGCUGAUAUGAGGACCCCUGACCAAUCACGCUCUGCCUCGCUGCUAUUGGACGCCAUGGAGAAAGGAGCCUUUCUAUUGGCUAACAACAUCUACGAGGGGCGGUUCAGCGACAGAGCACCCAAUGUCGAUCUGGAGGUGUAUGUAUUGAACACAGAGGCAGACCUACAGGACCUGACGUUCCCUCACUCCUAUGACAGUGACAGUGUUCUACAGCUCUCAACUGCUACUCUACAGCAGUACAGCAGCAAUGGCCAGGUGAAGGUAGUUCUCUCUCUGUAUAAGAACCUUGGAUCCUUCCUGACCACUAACAACUCCUCGUUGAAGUUGGAGGCGGGGUUUGUGAGUGGCGGUGGCAGGAGCUUGGCGGUGAAUUCUCACGUGAUCUCGGCUUCUGUCAACAAAGGUUCCAACCGAGUAUUCCUCUCUGAACCGGUCGUCUUCACACUAAGACACCUACAGGUGGAGAACCACUUCAGCCCAAACUGUUCGUUCUGGAACUCCACGGGGUCGGGGGGGUCGGCAUCGGGGUCAUCGGGGGGUCGUUGGUCGUCCCAGGGGUGUAAACGGAUACACACCAACAACACACACACCACCUGCGCCUGUAACCAUCUGUCAACCUACGCUGUCCUGAUGACCUACCACCAACCUGCUUCUGUAGAUGGUAUACAGGAGGUUCUGGUCUACGUUGUGUCCUGGGUAGGUAUAUCCGUAGCCCUGGUGUGCCUUGCAGCCUGCAGUACCUUACUGUGCUGCCAGGGGGCGCCACAGUCGGACCACAGCACCAUACACAGGAAUCUGUGGGGCAACCUCUUCAUCACCGAACUGAUCUUCCUCAUUGGGGUGGAUAAGACGCAGUACAGCGUAGCGUGUCCAGUCUUUGCCGGUCUGCUCCAUUUCUCCCUGCUCUCUGUGUUCUGUUGGUUAUGCCUGGAGGCAGUGGAACUCUACUUACUGCAGGGGGAGCUCUUUGAAGGACGGACCUCUAGGAGGAAGUAUUUCUAUCUCUGCGGCUACUUCCUGCCAGGGGUGGUCGUGGCCGUCUCCGCCGCCAUCGACUACAGGGGCUACGGCACCCGGACUGUGUGUUGGCUGCAGAUGGACAACUACUUCAUCUGGAGCUUCCUGGGUCCUGUAUCUGUCAUUAUAAUGCUGAACCUGGUUGUCUUGGUGAUGACUCUUCACAAGAUGGUGCACAGCUCCUCUGCCCUCAAACCCGACUCCAGUCGUCACGACAACCUCAGAGCGUGGACUGUGGGUUCGCUCACCCUCCUCUUCCUCCUGGUGGUGACCUGGUCUCUGGGGCUUGUCUUCCUCUCAUCUCCCUCUCUCCUCCUCUCCUACCUCUUCUCCUCCCUUAACACGGCCCAGGCUCUGCUCAUCACAAUACUGUACUGUACACUCACUAGGAAGGGCCAUAAGGACUAUGGGAAGUGUGUGCGUCACUCUCAGUGCUGUGACUGCUCCUCCACCACCAGUUCACCUGGCUCUGUGAAGGGCGCCGCCCUACGGGCCAACAGCCGCUACUGCAGUACCAACCAGGCACGCAGGGCUACUGCUAACAGACAGAGUCGCAUUAGGAGGAUGUGGAACGAUACAGUGCGUAGACAGACUGAGUCUUCCUUCAUAGCUGCUGAUGUCAACAACACACCUACACUCAACAGAGCUGGCCUGGGUAACCAUUUCCUGACUAACCCAGUGUUACAGAAUCACCCUAGAGUCUCUCCUUAUGACAGCCUACUGGCUCAGGGCUACAGCCAGCCCUCCCCUGGCCUCUUCACCUCUACUGGGACCUUCAGAGACAUACAGAAAGGUGACGUCCUGUCUCAGAGCCAGGAGAUGGACAGUGUUUGUCUGAAUGGCGGCUACAGCGCCAACAGCUUCACCCUGCAGGGUCUGGGUGGGGGUGGUGGGGGGCCUCGGUCCGGGGUGGGGGGCAGCAUAGACCUCCUCAGGGAGGGAGGAGGAGGGGGGGAGGACGCCUCCCCCGCCCCCCUCACCCCCCACGCCGCCGUGGGGCUGGAGGUGGAGCCUCACGGAGGCGGAAUGCGGAGGAACCUAUCGGACGCGGCGGUCCUGGAGAACAUGAUCAUCUCAGAGCUGGUUCAGAGCAACUUGAGGCCGGCUGCAGCCGCCGCUACUGCAGCCGCGGAGCGCUACGGCAGCCUGGCACGCCCCCUGGACCGACUGACACGCCCACAGCCCUCCACCCACGAGAGUUGGACGGUAGCUCGGGUGUCGACGCACACACAUGACCAAGAGCCGACACACGCGCACAUGCGCCAGGACGUCUGGACACACACACCUCGUCCGCAGCAGGACGUGCCGACACACACACCUCGUCCGCUGCAGGAUGUGCCGACACACACACCUCGUCCGCAGCAGGACGUGCCGACACACACACGCCAGGAGGAGAGCAUCAGGAGCCAACUGCAGCUCGGGGGCGGGACCCUCUCCCGUAGACUCCUCCUCCAGGACAGACAGACACGCCCCCAGGAGGCGUCGCUGCAGACGCAGACCACACGCCCACAUUCCACGUUGUCGCGGCAACAGCAGCAGGGCGGAGGCGGAACGCUGUCCCGUCACCGCAGCGGGGGUGUUGAGCCGGGUGGCGCGGGGGGUUCGGAGCGGGAGAGGGACCGUUACCGGGAUAGGCCGCUUCCUCCUCCCCCUCCUCCUCCACCUCUGGAGACAGAACCCUUGUAUAAAGCCCUGGAGGAACCUCUUCUCUAUGACCCCAGGGAUGGAGGGGUGGAGGGGUGGAAAGAGAGAGGGGUGGAGGGUUGGAAAGAGAGAGGGGUGGAGGGUUGGAAAGAGAGAGGGGUGGAGAGAGGGGUGGAGGGUUGGAAAGAGAGAGGGGUGGAGGGGUGGAAGGAGAGAGGGGUGGAGGGGUGGAAGGAGAGAGGGGUGGAGAGAGGGAAAGAGGAUUCUCUUCUCUAUGACCAGAGAAAUGGAGGGAUGGAGGGGUGGAAGGAGAGAGGGGUGGAGAGAGAGAAGGAGGAGCAGGUCCUCAAUGACCAGAGAGAUGGAGGGAUAGAGGGGUGGAACAGAGGGAAGGAGAGGAGGAUGGAGGAAGGGAGCACUCAGUCCGUCCGUUACCUUAGCGACCCGGACGACCCUGACAGCUAUGACCCCGUGACCCCUGACCUUGACCCUGACUCCUCCCCCAUCUACACCCAGGAUUCUAACCCCUCCCCCGUCUUCACCCACAACCGAAACGCACCCCUUGAUAUAUACACCCCAAAUGUCUACACUACAAACUCGCCUCCUGAUACCUACACCCGAAAUUCACCCCCAAAUAUUUACACCCGAAAUUCACCACCAAGUAUAUACACCCGAAAUGACCCCCUCCCAAAUGUCUACACCCGAAGUUCUCCCCCGAACAUCUACACUCGAAGCGACUCCCCUCAGCUCUACACCCGAAACUCGCCCCCGCCACCACGAUUCUACACCCGUGAAUCUCCGCCCCUACUCCUGUCGUCCUAUCCUGACAGCAGCCCCGAAGGUCAACCAGAGGUUAGCCCCACCCCUCGACCCCACCGACCCCCUCUGGAAGUCCCCUACAGCCUGGGACGACCCCCUCUGGGCCCCAGGCCUAAUCACAUGCAGACUUUCUACCAGCCCCCACCCCUCACACCCCUCACGGCUAAUGGGGAGUUGGUAUACACGGAGCCCGCCAGCGAGGACGAUGAAGGACAGAUGCAACGGGUGACGAGCCUGUGACUAGGGCGGUGG